UUUUUUGUUUUGAAUUUAUAAAUAUAAAAAUACAUUUUUUAAUAAGGUUCGUGCACGUCUUAUUCGACGAGAACAUCGAAUUAAUAAAUGGAAUAUACUUGAAACACGUUUUGGUGCAACAGUAACAACAUUACAACAAGAAAUACCAUCGAUUCAAUCAAUGAGACGUAUUCGUUUACUGAAAAUUAUGGAACGUUUUAAUGGUGAUGUUGAACAAGUUCGAAAAUUUCUACAAGCUUUUGAAGAACGACAUCAUGAACAUGAUGAAAAUUCAAAUGCGUCUCGACAUGAAAAACGAGAAGAAUUAAAAGCAAAAUAUGCUACUCAAUUAGCUGAAUUGAGUACAAAUGGUAUUAAUAUUAAUUGUCCAUGUGUACUUCGACAAUUGGAGAAAAAUCAAGGCGAUGUUACUAAGGUUAUGGAACAAAUGUCACGCCGUAAAGCAAAAAAAGAAAAAUUCGAAGAACUUAAUGUAAAAUAUGCAAAUCAAAUUACACAACUUGAAACUGACGGUAUAAUAAUUAAAAAUAAAAAGUUUCUAUUACGUUUAUUAGAAAAAACUGAUGGACAAGUUGAUGUUGUUAAACAACUUUUUAAUGAAAGAAAAGGAUACCGAGGUAAACAUCGAAAUGAAACACAAGAUACAGUAAUACAAGAAACUGAUGAAACAGGAUCAACAUUAAGAAAACGAUGUAAAUUCAGUGAUGAUGAUAUUAAUAAUCUUAAACAACUUCGUUUAGCUGGUAUACAUGGAAAUCCAAUGAGAAUAUUAUCAAUCUUUCAUGAAUGUAAUGAAUCAAUUGAAAUGACAGUUGCUCGAAUUCAAGAAGAACGAAAACAACAUCAUCAAUUUCGAGAUGAUGAACAAAAAUUUGAAAAUGCUUAUAUAACAAUAAAUAAUCGUGAUGAUUGGCCACAUGAUAUCGAACAAGUUUAUUUAGAUGGAAAUAAUAUGAUGUUUGUUGUUGAUUCUCUUCGUCGUUUAUGUUUAAAUCGUGCUGGUAAAAAAACAGAACGUGCUUUAGGAGAACUAGUUUCUGCAUGGAAUGAACAAAUGCAUAUACCAUAUGUUGAACUUAUUUUUGAUUCAACACAUCAAUUAGAUCAAAUUGGUACAAUUAAAAUUUCAAGUGCUCAACCAAAAUAUCGAACAACUGAUGAUAUGUUAGUUGAAAUAGCACGACAACCUGAAAAUCAUGAAAAAAAUAAACGUACAAUUAUUGUAACAUCUGAUCGAGGUUUAGCUGCACUUUUACAACGUGAAGGAUGUUUAAUUGUCAAGUCAUAUAGUUGGUUUGCACAUUGUGUUAUGACUUUGACACCAGAUUUAAUUAAUAAUGAAGGAUUAACUGACAUGAUGACAACAACAUCAACAACAAUGAAAACUCGUUAUAAUCUUGAUGAACUUGUUCGUCGUAUUGUUAAUAUUGACAUAUAA